AAAAAAAAAAAAAAAAAAAAAAAAUACAAAUUGAUUGACGGAUGAAACAGCACCUGCGACAAUCAUCCACCGCCUUUACUUUGCUAAGAUUAUCUCCUCCAUGACCUUUGAAACGUCCAUGCGCCCCUGUGCGACAACUAAAAGAAACAGUCCAAGUCUCCAAUCGUCUCAACUGCGGCGCGCGCAUGCUCGAGUAACGAGCGCUUGCUGAAGCACUUUCGGUCGGGGAAAUUCUAUGUCUUCAUCUAUCCAUACGCUCUCCGUCUCUUUUUCUUUUCUCCUGCCGCAUUUAGUUCCAAGUCUUCUCUCCGUUCGUCUCUGUUCUUGACACAGCCUCUCCACCAUGUCCUGUUGACCCCUUGGCUUAUACUCGAACAACCUGAGCUGUACUAGAUUGCGAGCUUGUGCUUGAUUUCUACAUUCCACGACCAAUAACCAACUUCUUCGAUAUGAUGCACCAGCCAUUGACAAGCUCGUGCCCGUCGACCUCGGAGGGGCAUGUCAAAGCCCCAGCGAUUCAUUUUCCUGAUGGCACCGUUAAGCAAUCUACUCUACUCCGGUCUCCAACCGUCCAUCGCAAUGGACAUGUCAACUUAGACACAUUCUCACCUGUUAAUGAAAACGGAAGCUUCGAAUUCGAUCGCGUCUUGAAAACUGGGAAGGUGCAUCGUCGGGUCAAACAUAAACAUGCAUUCAGGGCCUCCUGGAAACAAGCCUAUCUCGUUCUCCGCCCGAAUCUGUUAUCAGUCUACAAAGAUGAGGAAGCAACAAGGUUGCGGCUAUCCAUUACUCUAUCAGAAGUAACCGCGGUCGCUCCCGUUAAAUCUCCUCGGUCAAAUCGCCAGCACGUUUUUGGUAUAUUUUCCCCUUCUAAGAACUAUCGCUUCCAGGCUCUGUCGGAGAAAGAUGCGCAGGAUUGGAUCGAGCGUAUUCGUGCCGAAACUCGCAUGGACGAGGAAGAGGAGGCGUUUCUGGCACUUUCCAUGAAAGGAAACAAUACAGCGUCUAGCAAACAGCGGUUCGAUGAUACCACUGAUUUCUCGGAUAUUGAGCAUAUGGGAAGGGCCAGCUCGCCUGAAUUCGGACGGGCAAGCUCCCCGGGAGGACGUCUCACUGCCCACCAAAAUUUCUCAGGACAUGACAUUACAUCCUACUCAGAAUGGUCCGAUGGACCAGCGAGCAACUCUAGUGUUCGCCCCGUUUCAAGAACUUCAACAAUUCCUCAGUUAUCUGCAUCUACUGCAACGAGUGCACUGCCCGCAUCUGCGCGCGAUACGGAUCGGACUCAGGAAUCAGGUGCUCGGCGUGACCCGGAGAGGGUUAUCUGUAAUGGCUAUCUCCAAUGCCUUCGCAUCAAGGGAGGAGUCCGCCAAUGGAAACGACUAUGGGUUGUCUUGCGUCCAAAGAGCCUUGGCUUCUAUAAGGAUGAACAGGUAUGGAUAUUUGAUCCACUCGGUUUCUGCUAUAUUUCAAGUUCUUUUCUUUCGUAUUGGGCGUGCUAGCAGAAAACUGACAGGCUAUCUUCCACAGGAAUAUUCCGCAGUCAAGAUCCUUCCCAUGGACCAGGUAUUCGAUGCCGCAGAAAUCGACCCAAUAUCUCGUUCAAAACUCUACUGUCUCCAAGUCAUCGCAGAGGAAAAAUCAUAUCGUCUAUGCACAGACAAUGAAGAAUCCCUAGCAAAGUGGUUAGGGUCCCUGAAGAGCGUUCUAGUCGCCCGCAAGAAACUUGAAUCAGAGACUGCGCC